CGCGUACCCACAUCUGGGUAGAUGGAGUGCAGCCGAUCGGGACGACGACACGCACACUCUGCAUAGCUACAUAAUCCUUGGUCAGGAAGAUGUGGCAGAAAACCCAUCCGUUAUCAACCUUGAUGAAGACAUACAUGCUGAGCAGCCAAGAACGCCGGAUCUGCAAUGCCCCUCGGGAUCGUCACUUCAAGAACAUACGGCGACUCCCGGUCAGCAUGGAAGCUCUUCCAAGCCUGCGUCUCCACUCCGACAUUGGCAUCGUGUUCUUUCAGCAUCUCUUCGUUCACCGUCCGCGAACACUCCUUCAGUUAGGCAAGGUGGCAUCUCAUCGAAGGCUUGUCCUGAAAUGAGCGACUCCGAUACGCAGGGUAGCCACAGAAGAAGCUCCAGCCUAUCCGUCUUCCGCCAUGCAGACACGGUGGAACAUGGCACAGUGAAACCUCGGCUGACGCCCACAUCACGAGCCUUGGGCACAUGGACCUAUCGACGGCCAAGGCCAAGUGUAGUGGGCCAUUUCUCCGAUCCAUAUGUACCACAAGCAGUUGGGCCGCAAGAUACCUCGUUGCCACCCUCGCGGCCAAGCAUGUCCUCAACGACGACGUACUCGACUUCGACCACUUCGGUGACAUCUUCCUCCACGUUCAGUUCUUCUAGAAAGUAUUCGUUUGGAUCUAUUGGGCAAUCAUCUGGCUCGAUGUUCAGAUCAUCCGGGCCCUCUCUGUGGUCCCUCCCGACCAACGCUACACAUAUGUUUGAUCCUCCCAAUUCUACAAAAACCCUGGCGGACGAGACCCCAGUGAAGACUGUACGCGUACCGCUAUCAUUGAAGACACUGACCAACAAUAUGGCGGAUGACACGGAACGAAAGGAGCUUACGUUCUGUCUACCGAGGGUUGGUACGUCGAAGAGCAAGAGCAAGUACAAGCGCAAGCUUGUCAUCAGCGGCAUCAAGAAGGAUGACUUGAAACGCAUCGAAGGUGUCAAACAGUGGUGCGAAUCUUUCGGAGAACUGAGCCAAUUCAUCCGAAUGCCGAAUGGCGAUCUCGAAGUACACUUCAGAGAUAAUGAAGUCGCAGACACAGUCUGCCGCUUGCACGCUCGUGUAUGUAUCAAUGGCGUCGGCAGCGUCGGUCUAUCAUGGUACACUAGUAAAAGGACGUGACGAGCCACCUGCACGCUAUGCCUCCGAUUGGCCUAAUCCUUGUCUCACCCUUAUGUCCAGUUAUGCCCUCAUGUCCACUGUCUCGCCCCAUGCAUGCUGUUUUGUCACAUAUUUGCUUACAAUCGCCGAUUGUUACGAAUGUUAUGACCGGAACCCGACGCACUUGUACUUGCCUCAUCCCCAC